AGGUAUGUCAUAUGAUAUUGUCAUGGUAUAUAAGUAACAUAUCAGAAUAUAUUGUUACUGGUGGGAACCACUGUCCUUGAAAUUGUAUACCAGCUUCUCUUUCAAGAAGUCAGGCAUCAAAGAUGAGUAUGAUAAUUUUCAUCUAUUUUGCUGCUGCUUUGAUGUCAACUGCUUUAACUGGCCAGUUUACGAAUCCAUCGAAAGCGCAACGUAUGUUAAAGGCUAUGUCAACAUCUAAUAAUUUUAUCCGGACACAAAUUGUUAACUACCAUAAUGUAUUCAGGAGCUCAGUUGACCCACCUGCUUCAAAUAUGUUAGCGAUGAAAUGGAGCAAUGAAGCUGCUACUAAUGCAGAUAAAUGGGCAGCGUAUUGCAGCCAAAAUCACAGUCACCCAGAAAACAGAACCACCAAGUAUCAUUCGUGUGGAGAAAAUUUGUUUAUGUCAACCAGUGGUGUUAGUUGGAAGUAUGUGGUUAAUCAAUGGUACGGUGAAAACAAAAAUGUCAUAUAUGGCAAAAAGUCAACAGGCAAGACUGGCCAUUAUACCCAGGUUGUUUGGUUGAACUCUCACCAAGUCGGUUGUGCAGUGCAUUACUGUCCAAAUCACCAAUAUCCAUUCUACUAUGUUUGUCAUUACUGCCCUAUCUAACUCAUGCCCGUAUGAUGACAGGGUCAGCAACUGCAAGGCACUAAAGGAGCAGAUAUUACAUUCCUUAUGCAAUAUUACAUAUUUCAGAAACUACUGCAUGGCAUAUUGCAACUGUAAAGACUGUAUAAUAUAAGCAUAAAACAAUCAUAAAUAGUAUGAAAGUACCAUCAAACUUAUGUAUGUAAUACUGUGGAGCUUUUCUCCCCAGGCCUCCACUGAAAAUGGUCUCUUCCUAGGCCCAGUGGACUUUCCCGGUCAACAAAUGCAAUUAAUAAAUAAAUAAAUGAGUUUGGCAAAUUGUUAAUCAUUUUAGGUACAGCAUUUGAGAAAUUUACUGUACAUGAAGUUUUCAGGUGAUUUUUUAAAGAAAUAUAAACCAUUAAAUUAAA